CCUCUCUCUUCUCUUUCUCCUCCUUUCUGGCUCCCAUGCUCACCCCCUUUAUCCUCCUUUGCGAUGUCUGGAUUAAAUCCUUUCCGCCCUAGAAAACCAGAGAACCCCCAAGACCACCAUCCUCCACCCCCGUCGGUCACAGUCAACGACGCUGUCUCGGAGCAUCCGAUCGCAGUCGAUACGGUUGCCACCGCGGCAACCACGCGGAAUGGUAUCGUCCCCACCCCGUCUGCGUCGUACCCCACCGAUGCGGACGAUUCGACAUCCGAGGAUGACCCGUCAUCCACAUCCGACCCCUUCCGUCAAGAAUCAUUAAGCGAUGAGGAGGAGGAAGAACAAGGGAAGGAGGAGCGCCCGUAUCCGCCGGUACCGCCACGGGGGAAAGCCAUGCGCACGGAUAUCUACGGUGGCCCCGAAGAGCGACACGGCGAUCGAACACCUCGUACGGCGGCGAGCUCGGAUAAAUCGGCGCGUCGCAGUGUCUUUCUAUCAGAUCCCACCAGCCUCGAAGACAGUCCACGUGCUAGUAUGGCCGGGAAUGAGAACUACAGAAGCGGCAAGUCCCCAUCGUCCGUUGACGAGGGGAGACGACCGUUGGCGAGCCGCCCGGGCAACAAGGACAAGAUUCCACCCCCUCCCCCGAAGAGUCAUCAUGGGCGAUUGAUCAGCCCCUCUUCCGGCAAUUCCUCCACUACGAACGCCUCACGUCCGGCAUCCAUCAUGCCGUCCAACCGCUUUUCCUUCCACGGCUUCCCCUCUGAGCCCUCUAUUUCACCUAGCCUCCAUCCGCAGGAAGGGGGCGAUGUCGCGGACGGUCACUCCCGGCCCGACCUGCCUCGACGCAGUCAAUCCCAGUAUAAACGUCCUCCAACACCCCCUCUCAGUCGACGCCACAGUCAGAUGAAGAGGUCCCAACCGGCCGCUUCUGUCAAAACCACGCCACACCGUCGAUCGGUCUCUUCGACAGAAGCAUCCUCUUCCGACACGUCCCCGCCAUUGAGCCCGGGCGCCCAGACGCUGGAAUUUUCCCGCACCCGUGAUGUGCCCCAGAGGACACGAAUGUCCGAAGAUACUUCGCGGCCCCUGCAGCCGGAACCGCGGGACCCGUCAACGUCGGCGAAACGAGUCUCGUACGGCAACUCCCUACCACCGCCGCCGCCUCCACGCCGGACUCGAGGGAAUAACAGUAACCCGAGCACUCGCCCAACUAGCCUCCGGUCGGAAACGCGCGCGGAGGACGAGGAGGGAUUUGUCUCGCCGCCGUCGAACGCGCGGGACAUCUUAGCCGACCUUACGCGUUUACAGAGAGAGGUGGACGAUCUCCGGGGGCACUACGAGCGGAAGGCUAGUCAUUAGGCAUGGAGGAGAAAUGAUGGUGAAAAGAAAGAAGAAAGAAGAAAAAAAAAGCCACGGAAGGGUCUGCUGGAUCCGGACGAUUGAACGACUGAUCAUAUUUUUUCUCUUCCUUUUUUUUUCUUUCUUUUCUUUUUCUG